CACAAAUCUCCACCUCACCUUCCAUCCAUUAAUCAGUCAAUGUCUCCUGAUUACUCCACAUGUUCCAGCGCUAAACUGUUGCGUCUUGAGCGUCUGUACAUGCUUAUGCAUGUUGAUUUUCUGCACCCUCCUCCCCGCCUCUUGCUUUGAGCUGAUGAGCAGCAGGCUAGAAAGAGAUUGCUCGAUAUGUUAUAUUCCUUUGCACCGACCCAAUCUUGCUGCUUCGUCGGGAUUUUCCUUUGUUCUUUGCGUCUCUGCUGAAUGCCGUCCCUUGAGCCUGUUACAUUUCGCACAGCCGGUUGUGCUGCGGUUGGUGUCCCUUGACGCAUUCCAUGCAAUGGGAAUAGUGAUGGCGAUAGCACCACCAGAAGCAGCAAAAAAGGGCACCAGCCACAGCUGCAGCUGCAGUGCAACUAACAACGCUACCCCCGAAUUCGGGGGUAGCGUUUUCUUUGCUGUAUUUUUGCAAGCGAGGUUUAGUGCCUGCUGUUUAUUUUUUGUUUGCGCGUCAUCGCUCAUACUUUUUUGUUGUCAUUGCCAUAUCACUAAACUGGAUGCAUUGCAUAUCGUCUGCCUAAUCGGCCCAUUGGUCCCCUUCUUCCCUCUUUUUUUCUGUGCUGGAUUUUGCCCAACAAAAAAAUACUCACACUUCCAACUUGUUUGUUUGUUUUGUUUGGCCCAGGCUGCCCACCUUGUUUUUUGUCUUUUUUCGUCCUAUUUUACAAAUGGCGCAUACAAUAAAACUUGAAAAGGGGCAGAAAAUGAAUCCCAGAAAAAUGAAUGGCGUCUAUCCCCCAAUUUUUUCUUUACUUUUUUCUCUUUACUUUUAUUUCUCCUCUUUUCUUUUCUUGCUCACUUACACUGUAAACUCUUAUUCUACCACUUCUGUUAAUCGCACCCACACACUGCCAUUUUUACCUGUCUCUAUCACCGUCUAUUUAUCUAAUUACCCUCCUUCACUAAUUCAGUAAAACACCACUUAUAUAUUUUA